AUCCAAAUCAAAAUCAAACUGCUCCGAAAAUUUCUCUCUCUACUUUCUUAGGGCUUCCCAAUUUCUUCCUUCAAAAUCGACCCUCCCUCUCUCUCUCUCCUUCUCCCUCCACAACACCGGAAGAACGACAACAGGCAUUCCGAAAUCCCUUCCCCGCGUGUCGUGGGGGCUAAAUCUCCUGAUUUCCCAACCUUUUUCUUGCAAUCCAAUCCAAGAUUCGCACACAAUUAUGCUUCCUUCUAGUUUGCCCUUCGCCACUCGCAUAUAUGCGCCGUUGGUCCCUCACAAUUGCCGUCAAUUUCAUCGCAGUAACGCAAGGGAGGCGCUGGAUUCGAGGCCCAUAAAGAUUUUGAUUGUGAAUUAGGGUAUAGAAAUCGAGCGGCGUAAUCGGGAUUCUUCCCCGCUGGUGGCAUCGACUUUCGAAGUAAGGAGGUUAUUAUUGUCUAGGAUAUGGAGCAUCUUUUCAUCUGUUCACAUUCCUGCCAUAGCCAGUUUUUUACAUUCCGUGGACUUAUCAAUCGCCGAUUCAUCGUUCUUGGAGAUUUUCUUCUUGUGUCCUUUGUCAAUUAUACUUGAGAGCGAAUUAAUCACCUCAGGAGGCCGAAUGCAUACAUUUCACAGAUAGAGUAUGGGUCUUCUUUUUGUGCACUUGUGCAAGUGAGUUGCAUAGAUUAUAAUAUAGUGGACGCUGGUCUUGCUGUCGAUCCAGUUACACUGUCGAUCAUCUUUUGCAAUACCAUUGUGCUUACGGCCUUUUGUUGUCUUUUCGCGGCACGCAUAUAAGGUCUCAAGUUUGCGGGUAUUGGAAGAUAAUUGUUUGCAUUACUGAGUACUAGUUGUCGCUACAGUAGCUUUACUGGCUACUUGUCUAUUCCCCACCAAUAAACAGUUUAUCUCACGUGCGGUUGAACUCACUGCAAUGGAGAGGUACACUGUUCUUGAGGAAGUUGGUCAUGGUACAUUUGGAAAUGUCUGGAAAGCUUUAGUGAAGCAUUCUGGUGAAGUGGUUGCUAUAAAGAAAAUGAAGAAAAAAUAUUCUUCAUGGGAGGAAUGUUUAAAUCUGAGGGAAGUAAAGUCUCUGACAAAAAUAAACCAUCCAAACAUAAUCAAGCUCAGGGAAGUCAUCAAGGAAAAGGAUGUCCUGUACUUUGUCUUUGAUUACAUGGAAUGCAAUAUGUUUGAGCUUAUAAUGAGAAGAAUAAAUGGUUUCUCUGAAGUUGAAGUGAAAAAUUGGUGCUUUCAAGUUUUUCAAGGUCUUGCAUGCAUGCACCAACGGGGAUAUUUCCACCGUGACCUCAAGCCAGAGAACCUGCUGGUAUCGAAGGAUCACCUAAAAAUUGGUGAUUUUGGCCUUGCCCGGGAGAUCAAUUCUCAACCCCCAUAUACUGAUUAUGUUUCAACUCGCUGGUACCGAGCCCCUGAAGUUAUGCUCCAAUCUGUAAUAUAUGGUCCUCCUGUUGAUAUGUGGGCAAUGGGUGCAAUUAUGGCUGAAUUACUCACUCUUCGCCCGCUAUUUCCUGGUACAAGUGAGGCGGAUGAGAUAUAUAAGAUAUGCUGCAUCAUUGGAAGUCCAACCAGAGAUAAUUGGGCUGAAGGGCUUGAUCUUGCCAGUGCUAUAAAUUACCAGUUUCCUCAGGCUAAAGGAGUGCAUCUUUCUCUGCUGAUGCCUGGUGUUAGCAAGGAUGCGGUUAAUCUUAUUUCUUCACUCUGCUCGUGGGAUCCGCACAAGAGACCAACUGCAACUGAGGCCCUUCAACAUCCUUUCUUCCAGAGCUGCUACUACAUAUCGCCGUCCCUGCACUCUAAACCUGUUCUCGCUAGAACUCCACCUUCUGUUGGAUCUAUGGAGGAGCUAGAAAGUGGUAGGAAGUAUCCGGCAACUGUAUUGAACCCAAAGCUAGUGAACAGUUAUUCUUCUGCCAAGCUAUAUGCAACUUCAGGCGCACAAAGAAAGUUGGACAUGAAUAAUCAAGUGCGGAAUGUCCCUAAAAAUGACAAAAACCAGAACUAUGUGAAACAACACUGGAAGUCUCAGCCACCGGGACUAAAUGUCUACGGUGGGUACAUGGGAAUAGGAAAGCCGCGGGAGAUGUCUGAUACUAUAGAGCAAUUGCAGAAAAUGACGGUGGGAGCAGGCAGGCCAUCGGCAAAGCCAUCACCUUCACCUUCACCUUCACCUUCACCUAUGAAGGCCGGAGGAUGGAAUCAGCAACCUGAUUUAUUUAUGCGGCAACGACAAGAACUUCAGCCGGGAAGAUCUUAUGUCAAGAAGGCGGUCAGAUAAAAAUAUGAGAUCAAGAUAUGCUUACGCUGUCUAUCUCUCUCUAUAUGUUAGUUAUAUAGAUGAUGAUGGUGAUAUAAAAGGGUGUUUUUGUCCGGGACUUGGAGAUUUUAUGUUUGGGAGGGAGUGUGGUGUGUGGAUACAUGUUCGUUCUAGCUUUGUGUCUUUUUGAAUGUUUGGAGAUCAGACUGUUAUUUGCUGUUUGGAGACAAAUUAUUAGACUUCUUUUGAUUUGCGUAUUGAAUUCUGGAAAUAUAAUGGACAUGAGUUUUCUUUGAUUUUUAA